AAUGGUUAGAACUUCUUCAACAGGGUCAAAGGCCAUCUUGCAGGGAAACGAUAAUAUAUAAUUCAAAUUACUGAUAACAUGUUCUUAGUUAGAGUAUAUUUGAACAUGAAUAACCUUGUUAAUUUUGUUGUUGCAGCGUUAAGGCGUAGUAAAAAAAGAGUUCAAGCUGCAAUCCAAAGAGAAUUACCAUUAUUGGUAUCAAGAGAAUUGGUUUUUAAUCAAGAAAACAUAGGAAAUGCUGACUUGCAUAGAGCUAGAUGGGGUCCUCUUUUUUAUCAGAUGGAUAAUGCACUUUCAGAAGAAGAAAAGCAUUUGGAGAGAUCGUUGAACCAAGUGAAUGAAAUGCUAAUGCAUUGUAAUAAUGGUCUUCUACAAUUUCAUCCGGAACACAAUUUGCAAAAGCAAACCAUUGACUACAGAAAUUUGAAAGCAGAACUGAGCGUAUACAAAGAUUUAGCUGUACAAGCUGCAGCAGCAGCCAUCGACUCGACAUCUAGCUUUUUGCGAUCGAUGGAAAAUCUACCAUGUUUCUGAUGAUUGCUUGACGUCCGGUAGUGAUGUGUAACUUGAUUCCAGUUUGAAAUGAAGAGCUUAUGCUUUCUGUUCUUCAGAAUUACAAGCCUGAUAAAGUGCAAGUUUUUGAUCACGACACAUUCUCGGCUGACGACAUAAUGGGAGAAGCGGAAAUUGAUAUCCACCCGUUGAUAACAUCUACAAUGGCGUUUGGGGAUGCGGGGAUAUUAGAAGAUGUGUAGAUAGGAAAAUGGCUGAAUUCGGAGGAUAAUGCAUUUUUUAGAAGACAGCAUUGUGAACGUCAUUGAUGGGAAGGUGAUACAAGAGGUCACACUUGAACUCCAAAACGUUGAAUCUGGUGAAAUAGACCUGCGAAUUGAGUGGAUGCCACUUGAUCAGUAACAGGAAAUUCAUGUUUAAUAUUUUACUGUUAUUUCUUUUUUUGUUUAUUAAUUCAAUGCGUAAUAAAAUUCUUUGAUUGUAAUUAAUGAUAUGACCACCAUGUAUUGUAUUUAAACUUUUGAAUUUGUAUUCCUUCUCUUUUUUUGUGAGAA